AUGUUGCGCUUUCCCGUAAAGAAGAUCCGAAAGCAGUUUAAGCUCCUUUUGCUCCUGGUGCUGCUUACAUCGGCAGUGUGGUUUACGUACCUGCACAUUAAUCAGGGCAAGACGAUCAAACUUCACUUCAAUUACGGGAAAGAUGGAGAGAGACAGACGGAAGGGACUGACACCAGCCGAAAGAGGGACACACGCUCCUCAACCGGACACCACAAGAGUGAGGACACCAGUGACAGCCGGGAAGAUGAGGCUUCGGAUGACGAGCCAAUCAGAGGCCGGAGCAGCGCACAAAUUCGAAAGUUCCUCAACCAGCAUCACAAAAAGUUACCAUGGAAACAAGAGUAUAAAGGCCAGGCCAAUCUGCACGUCUUUGAAGACUGGUGUGGCUCAUCGGUGGCACAACUACGAAAGAAUUUGCACUUUCCACUUUACCCCCAUACCAGGACCACACUGAAGAAACUGGCAGUCGCACCAAAAUGGAAGAACUAUGGCCUGAGAAUAUUUGGCUUCCUUCACCCUUAUCGAGACGGUGACUUUCAGUUCUCUGUAUCCUCCGACGACAACUCCGAGUUCUGGCUUAGCUCAGAUGAGAGUCCACUUAAUGCUCGUCUGCUUGUCUUUGUGGGACAGCUGGGAACGGAGUGGACGGCUCCAGGCGAGUUCAACAAGUUCAGAUCCCAGUCCUCCAAAUCUGUACACCUGAUUUCUUCAAGACGCUACUACUUUGAAAUUCUGCACAAGCAAGAUGACAAGGGAUCGGAUCAUGUUGAAGUCGGGUGGCGGCCAUUUCUCCCUGGUCUGAAGUACGAGGUGAUCGACUCUGCCUACAUCUCCUUAUAUACAGAUGAGUCCAGUUUUAAGAUGAAUAGUGUGGAGCACAUUCCCCAGACAUUGGCCAGUCACAUCCGCCUCCCAGGGCAGUCUGCAGGGCCUCCACAUGGGGCCGACAUGCUGAAGCCAGACCCCAGAGACACCUUCUACAGCAUUCCUAUGAUCGACCCGGCUCAUCUGGAGAACGUGCUGCCUGCGUGCCUCUACUCCCCGACAUAUGUGGUCAAAGACUUCCCCAUCGCCCGCUACCAGGGUCUGCAGUUUGUCUAUCUGUCUUUCGUUUACCCCAAUGACUUCACCAGACUGACGCACAUGGAGAGAGAGAACAAAUGCUUCUACCGAGAAUCCCCCAUCUACUUGGAGAGGUUUGGCUUCUACAAAUACAUGAAGAUGGAUGAGGAGGAGGAUGACAGGUCGUUCUUUUUCCCCAACCCAGAUGAUUUCCUUGAGGAAGAAGAGGUUGUAGACACAGAGGACGAAGCUGAGAUUGUCGGUACUCCUCCACCCAAAAAGCCCAGCCAGACCAGCCACACGUCCAACCCGGAAAACCACCGCCACCCGAAAGCCCCUUCUCCCACCCCCGCUGCCAGAUAUCCAGAGGAAGAGGAGGACGACGAAGAAGCACUGAACAGACUUAUAAAACGCAGGGGAAGACGGCAUUUUUUAGACAGGGACCGGGAGUGGAUGCAGGCAAAUAUGGGUAAAGUGCCUUCUGAGAUUCAACACGGCGUUUUCCAGGCGGACGCAUACAGCGUGGUGCGAGGGCGUUCCCUGUCGUGGAUCAGAACUGGUCCCGAAGAACCAGUGGAGGGAGAGAAAGAAGCCGAAUCGCCGUCAAAACUGAACAAAAACCCCCUAAUCUUUCCCCAGAAAUCCCACCUUUCGGUCCUCGCAAGCCGCGCCAAGCAGAUCCUCACCAACUCUGCACACACCAACAACAAAAAGAAGGAAGAGGAUAAAAUUUACAUAACGAGACCGCGGCCGGCGAAAGAGCGAGAACGGGAACGCCGGGAGAGGAGAGAAGAGCGUGAGAAGGCAUCGCGGCAUCCAAGAGAAGUUUUCCCGGGAGUGUUUUUAUAUCAGAACGGAAAAACCACCAAGCUUGUCAAUAUAGGAGUAAAGGGGCACACAACAGGAAAGAGGAGUUAUGUUAGUCCGCCGCUCUGGCCGCCGUUGAAAGACAAAACUGGUUCUCACAAUGGCAGCGUGCAAAAUGAGAGCGUGCACAAGUCCGUCAUGGAAAAACCUAAUGAGAAAAAAAAGAGAAAAGAUGAUCCUCAAACCCUGAAGAAAACGGUGACUGCGCUACCUCCUGUCAACUCCACACACAACGCACAAAUUCGUGUGACUUCUUACCUCAGAACUUCAGAGAUUACAGAGUUGCAGCCAAAGGACCACGACCAGAAUCCGCCAGAAUUUGAAACGGAAAUAAACAGGUCCAACCCAGACCUGGACGCAGAGCCGGAGCCUGAGGAGGGAGAGCUGUCGGACUACAGCUAUGAGGAGGUGGAGCCGCGGCCGGGCUGGGCGGAGGAGAGCAUCAACUGGCAGCGCACUUUCUCCGUGAACCCCAUGGACUUUGAACUGCUGAGGUCCGACUGGAACGACCUGCGCUGUAACGUGUCGGGGAACCUGCAGCUGGCGGAGAGCGAAGUGGUGGACGUGCUGGCGCAGUACAUGGAGAAGCUCAACGAACGCAACGGAGGCAUCUACACGCUUCUGCGCAUCAUUAACGUGGAGAAGCGGCGCGACUCUGCACGGGGAAACCGUUACUUGGUGGAGCUGGAGCUGAUGGAGCGCGGGCGCAGUGUGGUGCGUCUGUCAGAAUACAUUUACCUGCUGCUGCACCGCGGCCGCCAGGGCGACGAGAGCCCAGAGAACACAGACUCUGUUCUGGCCUCGGCUCCGGCCGCUUCACCCACCUCCCACACCACACAUACACCUCCCCCCUCCCACAAGACCCCCGCGCGGCCCGCACCCACCGCCUGGAGCACUGCCUACGCCAAGCCCCUGCUCUGCCAGCCCGUCAUGCUGCAGUGGAGACGAGACGUGAUGGUCCACUUUGUGGUUCCAGUGAAAAACCAGGCUCGCUGGGUGCAACAGUUCAUCUCCGACAUGGAGAAUCUUCAUCGUCAGACCAAGGAUGACAAUUUCAGUAUCAUCAUCGUUGACUUUGAAAGUGAAGACAUGGACGUGGAGCAGGCGCUGAGAGAGAGCACUGUGCCAAGGUACGAGUAUCUCAGGAGAGAGGGAAACUUUGAACGCUCAGCUGGACUUCAGAUUGGAGUCGACACCAUAGAGGACAGCCACAGUAUAGUGUUCUUGUGUGACCUGCACAUCCACUUCCCCAUGAACAUCCUGGAGAGCAUCAGGAAGCACUGUGUGGAGGGACGUCUUGCCUUCGCUCCCAUCGUCAUGAGGCUGAGCUGUGGCAGCUCCCCGCUGGAGCCUGAUGGUUAUUGGGAGGUCAAUGGGUUUGGCCUUUUUGGAAUCUACAAGUCUGAUUUUGAUAAAAUUGGUGGCAUGAACACAGAAGAAUUCAAAGACCGCUGGGGAGGAGAGGACUGGGAGCUGUUGGACAGAGUUUUGCAAAAUGGAUUAGAAGUGGAGCGUCUCCGUUUGAGAAACUUUUUCCACUACUACCACUCCAAACGGGGCAUGUGGAACGCUCAGAACAAGAAAACCCCGAAAGGAUAG